AUGAACCAAGAGAACCAGGAGAAACCCUCUCUGAUGCCCAAGUGGUAUUCACUUCUCUAUUGCGUUUUCAGAAUCAAUCCACUACCAAACAUUCAACUCACUGAGUAGCCUGAAACCCUGCUCUCUCAAUCUCACAAAGACACUGCGAGAAAAAUGAAGAUUAUGGCUUUCAGGCUUCUGCAGAUGGUUCUACUUCUAACGUUUUCUUACACACACGCAGCAGUAGAUGAGCAAAACCAGAAAUCAAAACAGACUUACAUAAUUCACAUGGACAAGAGCAACAUGCCGCUAAGUUUCAACGACCACUUUCAGUGGUACGCCGCAUCUUUGAAUUCAGUGUCGGACUCAGCAAAGAUGCUUUACACCUACAACAACAUAAUCCACGGCUUCUCCACAAGGCUGACGGCCGAGGAAGCCGAGUCACUUGAAAAGCAACCAGGAAUUCUGUCUGUCCUGCCUGAAGUGAGAUACGAGCUUCAUACAACUCGGACACCGGAGUUCCUUGGACUAGAAAAGCCUGAGGUUCUCUUCCCCACGCACGACGAAGUGGGCGAGGUGAUUGUCGGAGUAUUGGACACCGGUGUAUGGCCUGAAAUAAAGAGCUUUGACGACACAGGAAUGGGGCCGAUGCCGAGUGGCUGGAAAGGUGCAUGUGAGGAGGGUAAGAACUUCAAUUCAUCAAGCUGCAACCGCAAACUUAUUGGCGCAAGGUAUUUCUCAAAAGCUUAUGAAGCACAGUUUGGACCAAUUGACGAAACAGUGGAAUCGAAAUCCCCAAGGGAUGAUGAUGGCCAUGGAACUCACACCUCAACAACAGCGGCAGGGUCUGCUGCAGAAGGAGCUAACCUCUAUGGUUAUGCUCACGGGACAGCUCGUGGUAUGGCGACACAUGCCCGAGUUGCCACAUACAAGGUGUGCUGGCUUGGCGGAUGUUUCAGCUCAGAUAUUGCAGCCGCAGUUGAGAAGGCCAUUGAAGAUGGUGUCCAUGUCAUAUCCAUGUCUAUUGGGGGAGGAACACCAGAUUACGACAGAGACAUUGUCUCCACUGGAGCUUUCAAAGCAAUGACACUGGGCAUCCUUGUAUCAUGCUCGGCUGGGAAUGGUGGACCAAGCCCAUAUUCCUUGACCAACGUUGCGCCAUGGAUAACCACUGUGGGUGCUGGAACUUUGGACCGUGAUUUUCCCGUUAGCAUUCCCCUCGGAAACGGGAAACAUUACACUGGUGUAUCACUCUACAACGGGAAACCGUUGAGUGAUCCUCUAUUACCGCUUGUUUAUGCCGGUAACGCAAGUAACGUGACAUAUGGUCGUCUGUGCUUGAGCGACACUCUAGUUCCAAAAAAAGUUGCUGGGAAAAUUGUGGUAUGUGAUCGAGGAUCAAAUUCUAGGGUGGAAAAGGGUAGGGUGGUUAAAAAAGCUGGAGGCGUGGGGAUGAUACUAGCUAACACAGAUUCUUAUGGGGAGGAGCUAGUUGCCGAUGCACAUCUCUUGCCUACAGCAGCCGUAGGACAGAAAACCGGCGAUGCCAUAAAGAACUAUAUCCUCUCAGAUCCUAAUCCCACUGCUAUAAUUGGUCAAGGAGAAACCAAAAUAAAUGUCACACCCUCGCCGGUGGUUGCAGCAUUCAGUUCUAGAGGUCCAAAUCCGCUCACUUUGGGAAUACUCAAGCCAGACCUAAUAGCACCAGGAGUCAAUAUCCUAGCUGGGUGGACGGGUGCAGCCGGACCAACUGGGCUAGAUGGUGAUACCAGGCGCGUAAGCUACAAUAUUGUUUCAGGUACAUCCAUGUCAUGCCCGCAUGUAAGCGGGUUAGCUGCAUUCCUUAAGGCUGCUCACCCAGAAUGGAGCCCUGCAGCCAUCAGAUCUGCCCUCAUGACCACAGCUUACCCUAAAUACAUAAGUGGCGAAACCAUACUGGAUGUUGCUACCGGAAAACCAGCUACACCGUUUGAUUACGGCGCUGGACACGUGGAUCCAGUUGCUGCUCUUGAUCCUGGCCUCGUAUACAAUACCACGGUUGAUGACUACCUAGGCUUCCUAUGCGCCUUACAGUAUACCUCUAGUCAAAUUAAGACUGCCACAAACAUGCAGUUCACCUGUGAUUCAAGCAAGAAUUACACCAUAGGAGAGUUUAAUUAUCCAUCUUUCGCUGUUCCUCUAGAAACAGCUUCAGGCAGAGGAGGUGGAGUUGGAGAAACAAGCACUGUAAAAUACACCAGGACUCUGACUAAUGUGGGCACUCCGGAAACAUAUACCGUUUCUGUGUUAUCCCCCGAUGUGAAAAUCUUGGUUGAACCAAAAUCACUGACUUUCAGUGAACUGUAUGAGAAGAAAAGCUACACCGUGACAUUCACUGCCAGUUCUAUGCCAUCUGGUUCAAACAGCUUUGCUCAUUUGGUAUGGUCGGGAGAGAAACACCGGGUCGGGAGUCCAAUUGCUUUCACCUGGACAUGAUAACGGGAUCUGAAGUGCCAACAUGGCGUAAAUGUUCUCUCUUUAUGUAUAAUGAAUUGGUUUGCCUUGUAGUUUUCCUUUUAUCUUAUGUCCAGCAACCCAGCAAUUGGGGCCAGUUAUGGAUUAAAAAACAGGGGAAGAAGAAAUCUAGAAAAAAAAAAUAGUUGUACAGCAAAGCAUGUAAGGGACUGGCUUGUGAAUUUAAACUUGGAUUUGUGUCGUACUAUUUCUAGAACUCUCUGUGUCUUCUCUGUCAUGGCUCACAAUCGAAGAAAAUAAAAAGGGUUUGACUUUA